ACAGCACAUUUGGCUUCAACGAUGUUAGAUUGCGGAUGUUAUGAAGUUUCUCUGGGCGAUACCAUAGGUACAGGAUUGCCAAAGAAAAUUGAACGUGUCUUGAAUGAAUUGCGUCAUGUUGCUUGGAAUAACAUGAGUUAUUACGCACUGCAUUGUCACGAUACAUAUGGACAGGCUUUGGUAAACAUAUACACGGGUCUCGAAAAUGGUAUAAGAGUCUUUGAUUCUUCAGUUGCUGGUCUUGGCGGGUGCCCAUAUGCUGCUGGUGCUUCGGGAAAUGUUGCCACAGAGGAUUUGUUAUACUUUCUACAAGGACAAGGGCUAGAAACUGGCAUAGAUUUAAAUGAAAUGGUGGAAAUUGGUGAUUUCAUAAGCAAACAACUAGGCAGAACAAAUCAAUCAAAGACCGGAAUGGCUAUGCUUGCUAAAACAAGUCGUCAAAAAUGUUAAUCGCGCGAUAUUUGAGUUUUAUAGAGUCAAGAAAAAAACCAAAAAAUUUUACAUUCCAAAAAUAUUAAAUUGUAUAUAAUGUGUGUGUGUAUAUAUUUCUAUUUUUAUCAACAGUUU